CCCCGCUGUGCCCGCGUCCUCCCGGCCGCUCCUCCCGGCUCGGACUCGCUCAGUGAUGUGUAAGCCACAGGAUGCCCAGCAGCACCGGCAAGAGGUUUAAACCGACCAAAUACAUCCCCGUCUCCACGGCGGCCGCCUUGUUAGUGGGUUCGACGACUUUAUUUUUCGUUUUCACGUGCCCCUGGCUGACAAAAGCCAUCUCCCCAGCCAUCCCGGUGUACAAUGGGCUCGUGUUCUUGUUUGUGCUGGCAAACUUCAGCAUGGCUACUUUCAUGGACCCUGGAGUUUUUCCACGAGCAGAUGAAGAUGAAGAUAAAGACGAUGACUUCCGAGCUCCACUCUACAAGAAUGUGGAGAUUAAAGGAAUCCAAGUACGGAUGAAAUGGUGUGCCACCUGCCACUUCUACCGUCCUCCACGCUGCUCUCACUGCAGCGUCUGUGACAACUGUGUUGAGGAUUUUGACCAUCACUGCCCAUGGGUCAACAAUUGCAUAGGACGGAGGAACUAUCGCUAUUUUUUUCUCUUCUUGCUGUCCUUAAGUACGCACAUGGUUGGAGUAUUCACCUUUGGCCUGAUUUUCAUACUGAACCACAUGGAAAAGCUGGGAGCAGCUCAUACCACCAUUACAAUGGCUGUCAUGUGUGUGGCUGGGUUAUUCUUUAUUCCAGUCAUUGGUCUCACUGGUUUCCAUAUUGUUUUAGUGGCACGAGGACGCACGACCAACGAGCAGGUGACAGGUAAAUUUCGAGGGGGAGUGAAUCCUUUUACCCGAGGAUGCUGUGGAAAUGUGGAACACGUGCUCUGCAGUCCUUUGGCUCCCAGUCUCCUCCACCUUCCACUGCAGGGAAGCUGUUUCAUGAUAACUAGGUACAUAGUUGAGCCCAAGAAGAAGCUGGCUGUGAGCGUGAAGCCUCCUUUCCUCAGACCUGAUUUAUCUGAACGACAGAUCACAGUGAAGAUCAGCGACAAUGGGAUCCAAGCCAACCUCAACCGGAGCAAGUCCAAAAUCAGCCUGGAAGGUCUGGAGGAGAAAGGUAUGGAUGUGCAACCACCGCUCCCACCCAAAGGAGAUCAAAGCAAAUACUCUGAGUUAAAAGGGCAGCUGGGGACCAGUGAAGAAAGUGGCCUUUCACCCAAGUUGAUCAGCCCUCCCACACCUGCCAUGUACAAGUACCGGCCAGCUUUCAGCAACAAUCCCAAAGUCCACUACCAUGCUGCUGCUGAGCAGAUCACCCUGCAGGAGGGACACAGCCAGGGGGCUCUGAUAGAAGAGGAUGGCAGAAGCCUUGAUUACCAGUCCGAACCCAGCCUGGACAUCCCCAGCUACCGCAAGAGCUCCCUUCACAAGACCUAUCAGUCUUCCCCACUCCAGAUAGAUUCCUUUGCUAUCAAUUCACGAUCUCUGAGCCUGAAAUCUGCUGGCAGGAGAGGGACAGACAAAGUGCCCCUUCAUCCAAUGAAGUCUGAAGGGGCGGCUUCCACUCCUUACAAAAGCAUCUUUUCUCCCAAUUCCCUGUCGAACAGAAAUGGGAGUCUUUCAUAUGACAGUUUGCUAAACCCCAUGUCACCCUCGGGGAGGAAGUGCGUUGCCCAUUCUGCAGUCAGCUCUGUCGGGUACCACUCACCAUAUUUAUCAGCCAAAAUGUGCCAUCUACGGGGGAGCGAGCUGCAACGCCAACCACCUCAGAGCUUCAGCCCAGUGCUGGGGGGCCCAGCUCCACAUCAGCGAGACCCCUCUCCAGUCCGCUAUGACAACCUCUCCAAAACCAUUAUGGCAUCCAUUCAGGAAAGGAAAGAGAUGGAAGAGAGAGAGAAGCUCCUCCACUCGCACCCUGAUUCCGUGUUUGCAGACUCAGGUGUCUAUGACACCCCUAGCUCUUACAGCCUUCAGCAAGUCAGCACGCUCUCUGAAGACCCACGCAGCAUGGCGAUGAGAUACGGAUCUAGAGACAAUCUGAUGGCUGCUGCCAGUUUUAGCACAAGGAACCCUAUACUGCAGUCCUCAGUGUCUUCGCUCUCAAGUGCAAUGACAAGAGCUCCAAGGACUUCCACAACCUCUCUGCAAGCUGAUUUAGCCAAUAACAAUGUCCAGACGCACCAAGCACUACAAGGCAGGGUGAGCAAUGGCUCCUACAAAUCACCAGGCCACCAGGUCCCAUCGUCCCCCACAGGAAUGCCUAGGUCACCCUCUUAUGGAGGCCCAAAGUCUGUCUCCUUUGUAAACACUGUGGAAAUUACAGAGGUGCAAUCAGUGGGAGCACAAAGGGAUGAUAUACAGAUGAAGACACCGCACAGUAAAAUAAAUGGACAGCCAAAAGGAAUAUCUAGGCUAGGCUCAACGUCAAGUUCCCAAGGAACACCCGUCAGCCCUGCUAGACACUCAAAUGUUAAGAAGGUGUCUGGAGUUGGUGGAACAACCUAUGAAAUUUCAGUGUAAAAUAAAAUUAAAUGAAAACAAAGAGCCAUCCACUCAGCCAGCCAUGAAGCUAGGAGCACUGUGAAGACUCAAAUAACAACAAAGAAGGAGCAGCAGCAGCUGGCCACUCUCCUUUUCUUGUUUUGGAUUCGUUCCGUUUUCAUCUCUAUCUUUUGGCCAAAUAAACAGCUGCAGCCUUAUUCUUGACGGAAUAACAUUGUACAGUCCAUCAGAUUCAUCUUAACCAACAGACAGGAGCUGGCUGCCACCUACCACCCCAACCACAGAGCAGAUUUUUUUAUGCAGGAGAGUGCUAAAGCCAUUGUGCGUCUGUCUGUCCAACAUCGCGUACCAGUAGUGCAGUGAAAAAAUGGUCAGGCCAGGAUCGUUCUGUUUUCCUGUGCCCCUUCCCAGUUCUUCUGGCCAGCCAUGGGUCCAGCAGGAGUCAGAGGUCCAGCUGCUGCUUUUCUGCUGGCGAGGAAAGGGUGCUCCCUGUGCCGGGCAGUCUGCAGGUGUGAGAGCUGCCCUGCGUCUCCCAGGCAUUGCAGGUCAGGUUCUGCUAGGCAGGAGCGUGGCAGGGCACCCUGCACUACAAACACUGUGUCAUCUUCCAAAGGCUCCCUGAUCCUCAGUCCCAGCUGGGUGCGGGAGAAGAGGCAACAGCAGCUUCUCCAGUCUGCUAUUCGCCUUCCCGCGUAUGAAAAAAACGUGUGUGCACCCAUGUGUCUGUCUGAUGGGAAAGGACUGCACCACCAGUGAGGAUCUUCCACUCUCACCUCUCAUCCCUGUUUUUUAAAGGCUUCUCUGACUCAGAAAUAAAAUCCAUGUGGACACGAAAGGAAGUGUUCAGAUGGGAACAAGUUCUUAACAGUCAUCAGCUGCUUUCCCUGCACCCUCCCUCUUGCCUGUUGGAUCCAGGCAGUAAGGUGCUUACUGCCAUGCCUGGUGCCCUGUGCAGUCCUGCAGCAGGGUUAGCAUGAGCUGUUGAAUUUACAGUGUGUGUAACUGAGCCAAGCGUAAGUCUAUAGGAUAUAAAUUUGGUGUCUGCCUGAUGACUAGCACAUUCCCUCUGGUCUUCAGUACUGUAAGACAAAGGAUUUUUCUGUUUGGUUUUUGAAUUUUCUUUCCCUUGGGGAACAACUUUUUAAAAUAAUAUCAAUCAAAAUAUUUAACAUUCUGAGGUUUCCUUUCCCUGUCUCCAGAAAACUACAUUUGCUUUGUUGGAUUCAAAGACAACUUUGCUGUUUAAAAACAAACAGAAAACGCAAGAAAGGGUUAUGCCAUUUUUUGUCUCAGAAAUCAGAACUCUGGUAACUCUAAUUUUGGGACAAAUAUUUAUUUCCUUUUUUUUUUCUUUCCGUUCCUGAUCUCCUUCUCAUUUGUACGGAGGUCCAGACCAAUGCUAAGCAGCCAGAGUGUGCGUUCUGUUAAAAAUAUCCUGAGUGACUGUUGCCAAAGUCAGUAAAAUUCAUUAUUUAUCACUGAGCCAGUCAGCAUAUGAAACCUCGACUUUUCACCUCAUUCUCCUGGUUAAUAGUUUUGACUAGAGAGCUAAAUUCCUUGUUUUUCAAGAUAUUGGUUUCAAGGGGGUUAAAUCAUUUCCAAUCCUUGACUAUAAAGGAGAACUCUCCAGCUAAUUGGUAGCAAUUCAGGAUGUGUCGAUAACAUUUUACUUGUGUUCAUCUAUGUCGAGAUUAAUUAUUCCAGAAGGCAAAUAUUGACCUCAGUUUUGCCUGGUUAAAAUUGAUCUUUUGAUGUGAUAAAUGUUGACAUCUACUGCAAUACAGAGUUACUACAUGCUCCUUUUGUAUCGCAUGAUUUUGGAGAGGAAAACAUAAUUAUGUGUAAAGCUCUAUAUUGUCUGAAGGGAGAAAUCGAGAAAGCAGAGCAGCUGAAAUAGGCCAAAGUUAUGAGAGAGUGAACUAGGAAUCAGUGUGCAUUUCAUGGUCUCAGUGAUAUUUUAAAUGCCUGCUGUAAGGGCAUUGCAGAGCAGAGAAGCAAUUGUCCUUCUGUGCAGUUUGCUGGCGUGUGGAGUAUCACCACUAGUUGGAGGCACCGCAGUGCCAGACGAGUGCUGGCAGACUGGAUCCGAUACAGAGGGCUGGAAGACUGGACAAGCUGGCUGAUAGGAAGAUUCAAGGGGCUAGAAGCGUGUCACUGGCCAAGCAGUGAAUAGGAAAUUGAGUAUGAUAAUUUUACGGAUGUGUUAAUUAAAAUAGGUAAAACCAAAGGCAAACCAGAGUUGUUCCCAGUAGCCAGUCUAGAUUCAGAAGGAGGAGUCAAGACGAUAGGGAAAGAGAAAGGGAGUAGUCUUCCGAGGCAGAAUACUGGAGACUAUAGACUGAAGACAGUCAAACCUUAUUCAGACACAUGAUGAGAGAAGGUUCUGUUCAAUGUGGAGCUGCAGGGCUGAGGGGCUACACUCUGCCAUCUUUAACUGUUACUGAUCUGCAAUUCUACCCUAAUGUUAGCUCCUCUGGAAGGUGCAGGACUUCCUCAAGGGCAGGAAUUCACUCUGGUGCACAGAAUAACAUGAGACUCACCUGUUUGUUAAAUGUCAUUUCUGCCACACGUAAGGGAUGGUGACACAGAAUUUGGGCUCACCAUCUAGAUGAGGGCACAUAUUAUCAUGUAUCUAUGAAUAUGUGCGUGAAAUACAUGCAAGCUAAGCUGAGAAUCUGCACCAGUAUUGUAUUUGAGAUUUGCAUCCCAGUGAUGCUCCACUCUGAUCAUUUCUUCUGCAUUUGUAAAAGAAAACGCUACUGAGGAACUUGAAGGGCCAAAGAGCCUCUGAAAUUAACUGCAGGUCAAGAGAAGAAUCUCUCAGUAAGAGUGAACACAGUGAUGUACGUAUGAAGCACUAAUAUCCAGGGUUCUUUCUGAAGGAAAGGGCAAGAGAGGAAAGGAUGGCUGCACUGUGUCAUUACAGGCUCAGAUGUAAGGAUUAUGUAUUUUGUGAGUAGUUUUAGCCACAGUUAAGACACAUUGGAUAUGGUAACAGGUUUACAAUGGUACCAAAGUCUUUUUUUCUUCUUCCUUUUCUUUUUUUUUUUUCCUUUUGAGGUUUGCAUAUAAUUCAGUGCUUAUAGCCUGGAGUAAAUCAUUCAGAUCUUCUGGCAGAAUAAGCUGAGCAGAACUGUUAACAGGAGAUUGCAUGCAGCAAGUCCAGCCUCCUUCCCAGCCAAGGCACUGAACCUACAGCCGUUCUCUUAAAUGUAAGCACCUGUGUCCAUAGCUCCAUUGCAGGGGACCUACUUACUGCAUCUGAUUUAGGAGCAGAAUCUCUUCCCUUGUUAAAAUAUUGUUCUUCAAACAGUUCACAGGUUAGCAGCCAAAUUCUUCUAUCGCCCAAAUCCUCAGUUUUUACAGACACUACAGCCAAAUUUUCAGGUGGUGUAAACUGGUGUGGCUCCACUGAAGCUAAGUAAGUGAUGCUCAUUUUCAGUAGGUGGGAUCAGCUAUGAAAAUCCAGCACAAGUUAACACAUAUUAUAAAGUAGCUUCUUGAUUUUGUCAUGUUUAUUUCAUGUUCAGAAGUCUUAAAGCUUUUCAAUGUGUUUUCAUUUUUAGCUGUGGAUUGUAUUACUUUAAAAAAAAAAAAAAAAAAAGCAAUAGAUUUUGUUUAGCUUAUGCAUCAAUGUUCAUUGCAUAUUGCAUUUCAUUAGCUGUUCAUACACUCCCAUUUAGCCUCCAGGUUUCCAUUGUAGUGCAAUCUGCGUUGAAAAGUUGGAUCUCUGUAUUGUUAAUUGUAUAAUAUAUUGAGCAUUAUGAAAUUAAAUGUACCUUACUAUGUGGGUGGGAGAGAGAGGAAAUAUUUUUACUUGAAGCCUUAAUAUUUUCUUUUUUUACUGCUUUGUUUGUUGACCUCAUAGGAAAGUCUAAAUAGCAAAGACUUUGGGCCAAAUACUGCACUGAUAUGCAACCAGCAUUUGGCCCCCACGUCAAAACUGGACACAGACAAAACCUGAAGGUAACAGGGGAGAAAGCCUCAGGGCAGCAUCUUUUCCUGGAGGCCAUUAGAACAGCCUGAGCGCUGUGUCUGUAAGUAAGCACAUUAAAGAAGUCCUCAAGUCUUGAAUUUUAAAGAAAGGUGAUAGCAGGACCUGCCCAAAUAUCUUACGUUUGCAUUUUCUUUUUUAAAUUAAAACAGAUGUAAUUGCAGUUUGGUCAAAGCUCUAAGGGUUGCACUAAGGGCUGUGUUAGUGGCCAUGUGCAGCAAAUGAACUGUGCUGAGUUGCCAUUCUGAAAUUGCUAACAAGGCAUAAGGGCACAUCAGCUUGGCCUGAGAUGAUCACCCUGUGGGUGUUACCGUGGUGCUCCUCGGGGAAUGCCUACUCUACAAGCCUAAUGUGGAAAUGUGGUUUUCUUUGGACUAUAUCUAUGUCCAGACUAGAUAUAUAUAUAUAGACUUAUAUAUAUAUAUAUAUACACAAUUUUUAUUUUUAUGUGGGGAAAAUGAGGUUAAGAUUGCUGUCCCUGACAGUCUGGAAAGCUAAUGCUGAACCGUUUCUAUGGUCUGUAUUUCACCUGUUCUGCCACCUUGAAUUGUUGGAAUGUAUCCGUGCAGGCUUUGUGGAGCUCUGUCUGUAACCUUUUUUGUGGCUCUCGUAAUACAUAUAUAUAUUUUUAAACCUUUGAGUCACUUCAGUACUUUAAAGUGUCCAGCGUCCCUGGUGCGUUACGCCUGACAUGGCCUCGUGUGCUGAGUCGGUUCGUGGGGUGCUGCCCCUGUUCAUUUCUGCUUCUGCAAAACAUGGACUGAAACAGCUGAACUGGGCAGGCCAGUUCCAGUGCAGAACCCAUGGGUGUCAAAAUAUUAAACCAAGUGAAUGCAGGUGCUCAUCUUCAAGGUGCUUUGAGUAGAAAAUAAGAACCUUCUAAAAAGUGCCUCCUGGUUGUGACCAACGGUUCGUGCUUCUGGGGCCGCAGCAGGUGGUGCAGGGCAACACGAAGUGAAGCUUCUCCCAGUGUCUGUUGUCGAAGUUGUGGGACUAAAUAGGAAUCCUGUGGUCCAGCACAAUUGGGAAUUGUUGCUACAGAGUAGUGUGGAAAAAAGUGUCCUAUCCAGGAUAUCUGGAUGUAUACAUCCCAAAGAUGUGUGACUUCUCAUCUAUCUGUCUUCAUCUGUUUCUGUUCUUUGGAAACACGUCCAUUUGAUGUGUAAGAUUGGCUUAUAAUUCACACAACUGCCAAACUCCUAACCGCAGCUGCUUCAGGAUUUCUGAUGCUGUAAUUUGCAUAUGUAGACUAAUUAUAUUGAGCAAGAACCCAUUCAAACUUGUUCAUUAUAAAUACCAAUCGUAUCUGCGUGCCGUAGAGGCAGAGGUUACCUUACUGCAUGUCCAAAAACUUAAUCAGCAGGCUCCAUUGAUGUUAACUAAGUCAAACAGAUUUAUGUAAGGUCAUGAACUGUUUUAGUACAUUUUAUUUAAAGACAUGUUGGCUUACAGAGGUCUUGGCUUUCCUCUCUCUAAGUAAUGGAUAAAUUAUCCACGUUUAUAUUCAAUCCUCCAUCACUGUUUUUUUUUUUCAUUCUGCAGGAUGAGUUUCAGUUCACAUUUUGGAACAUAAUAAGGAGAGACAAAGGGAACUAUUUAUACAGGUGAAUCUAUCUUCUAAGAGAGAAGCAGUUAUGUAAUAAAUGGAUUAGAGUUACUGUCAAAAUAGGUUUUGUUCAUCUUGUCACAAUAACUUGAAUUUUAAACUAAGGCUUGUUUCAUAGCUGAUAUCUGUAUAACCCUGAAACAUUUGAAAGGUUCCUUGGUUAGACAUUUCAAAUUAUAUGAAGAAAUAUGAUCUACUUCUGCAAAUUAAAGAGUCUCGGAGAAGUGAUGGUACAUUUUACAGUGCCUUAUAUAUAUGUGUAUAUAUAUAUAUGUAUAUAUAUAUAAUGCCUAUGUGUAUAUAAUGUAUACAUAACUGUACAUAUAUAUUCCAGUAAAACUAGUUCUAGGUGUCCCUAUCUGGUGUAUUUUAAAUGGAACUGAUCUGUGUUGAUAGACAAAGAAAUGGUUGUAUCAGCAGCAAAAUACAAAACCAAAAAUACUUAUUAAAACAUUAGCAAAUAAAACAGACUGAAAACAG